AACGGGCCACCGAGCUCGACACGACGAGCAGACCACCGAGAAGCCAAGUCACUCGAUCGAACGGCGAAAUUAAGUGAACCAAGCAAGCAAUCAUGGGCGGCGGGCACGACAUGCACGGCGGCGGCGGUGGCGUGAAGGGGUUCGUGUCCAGCCUCGUCACCGGCGGGAAAAGCCAGGGCCACGGCUCAUGCGGCGGCGGGUACGGCCAGCAGGGGCACGGACCGUACGGCGGCGGCGGCUACGAGCAGGGAUACGGACAGCAGGGGCACGGACCGUACGGCGGCGGCGCCCACGGGCAGCAGCCGGGGUACGGCGGGGGCCACGGGCAGCAGCAGCUCGGAUACGGUGGCGGCCAUGGGCAGCAGCAGCAGCAGCACGGCGCUUACCCUCCGCAUGGCGGCUACCAGGCGCCGCACGGGCAGGGCGGCUGCCCGCCGGCGGCUUACCCCAUGAGCUCCCACGGGCCGCCUCAGCACGGUUACACGGGAUCGUACCACACCGGGCACGGCGCCGGCGGCGGCCAUGGCGGGAAGCACAAGGGCGGCGGCAUGUUCGGCGGCGGCAAGCACGGCCGCAAGUGGAAGUGAAGAACCGGAUAGCCACGCGCCCAUCGGUCUAGGCAGGGCAGGCAGCUACGUACGCUAGCUUAAUGCCUGUCUUAGCUGAAUUAAUGGGCCAUGCUCCCUCCGUAUCAUGUAUACCUAAAUAAAGAGCUAGUAGUACUAUGUACGUACGAUGGCUUUGCUUGAGCAGCUGGUUACUAAUGACUUGUGCCGUACCGUGAGCGUGUGUGCAAAAUAAAGGAGUGAUGUAUGUGUACACUGUACUGUACAGACUACGUACAGAGUCGUUUUAUACGCGUGCUGGGUUCAUUUCGGCCCAAAACA